AUGACUGAGGGCUCGGCCGCCACGGCCGCGGCGGCCUCAGCUCCGGGGCUGCGGGCAGGCGGGCGAGGAGGCAGCCGGCCGUGGGGAAGGAAGGCAGAGGGAGGAAGGCGGCGGGCGGGCGGGGGGAGAGGGGGCGGGCGGCGGGGGGAAGGGGCGGGCGCGGCGGCGGCGGCGGCGGGCUUCCCCGCCUCCUCGCCUCGGUGCGCCCCGCGCUCUCUCGGCCGCUGCUCGCCCCGGCGCCCCGCCGCGCCUCGGCCGCCCGCUUUGGCCGCGCCUCCUCCCGCCCUCCGGGCCGGCGCUCCGCUUUCCCCUUCCUCCUGCGCCUCCGCCUCCUUCCACACAAAUACCAACUCCUCACCCCGAGCCCAGAUCUCGCCGCCGCCGCCGCCGCCACACUCCGCUCAGGCUCGGCCUCGCGAGACUUCCGUGCAGCCUCGGCCCGCCCCGCCUCGCUCCUACUUGCCUGCUCGCCCUCUCGCUCCUCCUCCUCUGCCAAUCGAUCUGCCCGUUCGCCGCCGCGGCCCCGCCCACUCAACCCGGGCUCCUCCCGGAUUGGGGCCGCGGGGACGGCCUCCGCGCGCGCUGGCUGCCGCUGCGCGUGACGUCAGCGCGCCGCCGCCGCCGCCGCCGCCGCGAGUCGCGCGGCCCCCGCCCUUCGCGGUGCCACCGCUGCGGAGCCCGCCGCCCCGGGCCCGGGCCGCACUCGGGAGCGGGGCGUCGACGCUGCAGCCGCCGCCUUGGAGCCGGGGUUCCCUGGUGGUGCAGUGGUUAAGAAUCCGCCUGCCGAUGCGGGGGACACGAGUUGGAGCCCUGGUCCAGGAAGAUCCCACGUGCCGCGGAGCAACUAAGCCUGUGCGCCACAACUACUGAGCCUGCGCUCUAGAGCCCACGAGCCACAACUACUGAAGCCCGCGCGCCUAGAGCCUGUGCUCUGCAACAAGAGAAACCCCCACACUGCAAUGAAGAGUAGCCCCCGCUCACCGCAACUAGAGAAAGCCGGCAUGCAGCAACAAAGACCCAAUGCAGCCAAAAAUAAAUUUUAAAAAUAAAUAAACCACUGCAGAGAGAGAGCCUGCUAAGGACUAAAUGUUUCCCCAAGCAAAAUUCAUGUGUUGAAAUCCAGUCUCCAAUGUGAUGGUAUUAAUUAAGAGGUGGGACUUUUGGGAGGUGAUUAGGUCAUGAGGGUGGAGCCCUUGUGGAUGGGAUUAGUGCCCUAAUGGACCCCAGAGAGCUCCUCUGCUCCUUCUGCCCUGUGAGGACACAGUGAGAAAACGGGCAUCUGCAGCCAGGAAGAGACCUCUCACCAGGACCCGACCGUGCUGGCACCCUGACCUCAGGCUUCCAGCCUCCAGAACUGUGGGAAAUAAAUAUCUGUUGUUUAUAAGCCACCCAGCCUAUGGUACUGUGUUACAGCGGCCUGGCCAAGACAGAGUCGUCUCUCACCAUCCGCACUGGGCAGCAACCCCUCCCCAUUAUUCCUUCUCCCUUCUGCAGCAUCGUGGUGUGUAGUUCUGUACUGCCUCGGGUACCUGUUGUUUGUCUCUCCUCCUUCCAUUGUUAGCAAGGGGCUAGUUUUCCAGGCCUUGCACAGAGAGGUGCUUAAUAUGGGAUCUGGACUAAAGUGACUUCCUUCCCGGAGCCUCUGUCUUUCUAAUUCCCAAUGCAAAACGGGUCAGGGAAGGGGUAGAACUAACUAGCUGUCACUUCCUGCUUUAAACUCAGCCUAUCAUUUACACACUGCAUAUACCUGGGGGUGGUUUAACACCUGGCCGCUCUCCCCCCCCCCCCUUAAACCUAGUUGCUGGUUGGUUUUAACAAAGCUCUGAUCCCAAAGCCCAUCAAGGAAU